AGGGAAAGGGUUUCACGCACAUGCGCACUAACGCUCCAACUUUCCGAGACUUUUCUGUACAGGUGCGGUCACGUGAUCGCUUAACUGUCUGAGCGCUGCGCCCCGCCUCUCCCCACAGGUGCUGCUCCCGGCUGCCUGCCUUACCUGCCCGCCUACCUACCUACCUACCUGCCUGCGGGUUGUACCGGGACACAGGGACGGGCGCAUCUCCCAUGAAGGUCCGGCAGCAACGGGACGUUCUCAGGAAAGGACUUGUGCCUGUGUGAGGAGCAUGGAGCGGAACCGAUCCUGUGGAGCCAGUGUGUCUCUAGUCUUUGCCAAAGGAUUGGAUUGUAGGAAGAGUGUCUCCUUAUGCUGAUAUUUAAUGGAAUAGCUUUCAGGUAUAAGGCGACACAAUCCAGAUGGGGUGCAAUUGCUGUAGACUGUGUCACAGUUAUGCAAUUGAGACAGAUGGAGUGCAAGGAAAUGGAUACGUGAACGAAGCACUCAGCUGCCCUCCAAGUGUGAAGGACUGGUCCAGGACCCAGACUAUAACAAUCACUGAUCUUCUGAAUGAAGAGCAGAAAAAAUUAGAACGUGACCGACUCAGUGGAUUACAGGAUCCGCAUGCUGGAGAGGAGAAGAACAAUGAGAAGAAUUAUGAGAUUGACCCUCCCACAUAUAUCUUGGACUUGAACUCACAUGGAGAAAACAACUACUAUUCCUCACCCACAGACACCCCUCGCCAACAGGACAAUGAUAUAAAACGGAUCUCAGAAGAGCCUGAAUGUUUUCAGCACCAAUUCAUCAAUUCUGCACAAAAGACCAGUUCCCUAACUGAAAGUGCUAUCUUAGAUGUGCUAAACGAUGACUUAUUGUUGAAGCACAGUGAUCACAAGUCAGGUUCUCCCACCAGUAACCAAGAACAUGCACAGAAAUCUCAUGGUCAUCCCCCAGAAGUGCCUGUAAGUGACCACAAAUCAGUCACUGUAUUGAUGUGUGAGGAACCAAUUGUGAAGGAUAAAAGUUCUUUAGUGGCCCUCAUGCUUGCUAGAAAUUCACUGAGAGGAACAAGUGGGUCUACUGUGCACCCCCAAAAUGAGGACCUGGAUCCAGAUGUUGCAGAGGCUUUGGCUGCCUUAGCAGCUGCUCUGGCUGGGGAAUACUUUGAAGACAGCUAAAUGGAGAAUCCAUUUGUUACAUUUGUGUUUAUUUGCUGACAAGUGUGACCUUGUCAAGAAUUGAAGGUUUGAUUUAAUUAUAUCAAGGGGCAAGACCCAAAAAUCUGCAGACAUUUUGUGCAAGAAUGAAGUACAGUCAAGUGUGGCCAGAAAAAUCAUAUAUAGAAAGCACUACCAAGAAUGCUAUGAAUGUGAAUUUUAUUAUAUGCAUUUUUAGCCAAUAAUGUUACAUUUAUACCAUGAUAUUGGUUAUUAGCUUCGGUAGACCUGCGUUCCUGGAUGUAAAUUUGUGUGUACAGGUUAGGGACCUGUUAUCCAGAAUGCUCGGGACCUGGGGUUUUCCGGAUAAGGGUUCUUUCCAUAAUUUGGAUCUCCAUACUUUAGGUCUACUAAAAAAAAAAAAAAUCAUUUAAUCAUUAAAUAAACUCAAUGGGACUGUUUUGCCUCCA